UAACACUACAAAGUGUGCCAAGGGACGUCGAGCUGGAAAUGAGCUUGGCGAUUACGCAGAGUGUGGUGGAGGUUAGUCAUGAAGAGUACGUAUCGAUUAUGGAGGAGGUACCAGUGAGAGAUGUUUGGAGAACGCCUUCAGAUUCAGCAUUCUGCCGCAGAGGACAAGCGAUAGCAGCUAGGGCGAAGAAAGCAGGCUCACACUGGAAAUCUCCAUACUCAAUCGAUCGGAAUUCAAUAUCCGUGUCGCCAAAAGAUGCAUCAUUCUCCGCUACCAUCAACUCUUCGAUCUAUCCCGACAUCGAGUUCAAGCUUGAUAUGCAGGUCUUCCAGGAUGGAGUUGUUCGUGUGCGUAUGGACGAGAUUGAUGGACUGAGGAAACGAUAUGACGAAGCGGCAUCUUGGGCUCUUGCCACGGAACCAAAAGUGAACAAUGAGGUUCAGUGGUGCGUUGGUAAGAAGGAGGCGGUCAUUGUGACCGGAGAACACACUGUUGUUGUGGAGCUUUCGCCACUUAAGAUCUUGCUGUUAAGAAAGGGAAAGGAAGAGAUUGUACUCAAUGGUGGAGGUCUGCUGCACAUGGAGCAUUUUAGAAGCAAGGAGGAGCUGCUAGACGACUCGCCACGGGAAGAUAGCAAAGAAGCGGAGGAAGCUGGAAAAUCCGAAAAUCCGGCAGCUUGGUUUGAAGGUGAAGAAGAUGGUUGGUGGGAGGAGAAAUUCGAAUCUUGGGUCGAUAAAAAGCCAAAAGGACCGGAGUCCUUGUCUCUUGACAUUGACUUCCCCAACCAUGGCCAUCUCUAUGGUAUUCCGCAACACGCUACGCAUCUCGACCUUCCAACAACCACAGGUAACUCGCCAACAUACGAGUCGCCAUACAGAUUGAUGAACGCCGAUUCCGGACGGUAUGAGACCUCGUCGUCAACUAUGUCACUGUAUGGUUCCGUCCCGUUGCUCUAUGCACAUUCAUCUUCCGGUUCGACCGUUGGUGUCUUCCACGUUGUCGGAUCUGAGACGUGGAUCGACGUCGCGCAUCCACGUAAGGAUGCAUCUCAUACACACUGGAUCUCUGAGAGCGGAAUACUUGAUACGCUCCUCCUCCCUGGACCGACUCCCGAAGCCGUUGCAGCGCAAUAUGCUCGCCUCACGGGUACUCCAGUCUUGCCUGCACAAUGGGCACUAGGGUAUCAUCAAUGCCGUUGGAGUUACAUGUCCUCGAAAGAUGUUCUCGAAGUACAACAAAGAUUUGACAAGGAUGAAUUUCCGGUCGAUGCGAUCUGGCUUGACAUCGAUUAUGCUACUGAACAUAGGUAUUUCAUUUGGGAGAAGAAGAGAUUCCCGGAUCCUGUUGAGAUGAUCAAGGAAAUCGAAGCUGCUGGGAGAAAGAUGGUUGUCAUCGUAGACCCUCACCUAAAACGAGAGAAGGAUUAUCCUAUAUACAAGGAAGCCUAUGAUCUCGGCAUUCUUGUCAAAGAGUCGGACCGCAAGACUGACUAUGAAGGACAAUGCUGGCCCGGAUUGAGCUCGUGGGUUGAUUUCUUCCAUCCGGGAAGUAGAGAUUGGUGGAAGAAGCAUUUCAAGACAUCUCUGUCCAAGGAUGGUGCAUUCACUUGGAUUGAAAGCACAGAAAACGUUGGAAUUUGGAAUGACAUGAACGAGCCUGCAGUUUUCGAUGCGCCUGAAAAGACGUUGCCAAAGGAUUGCGUACAUUACGGCGGUUGGGAGCAUCGAGACAUACAUAAUAUUUACGGUAUGCUCCUUGCUGGUUUGACAUGGCAGGGCCUCCAUGAACGUUUGAAUCCACCAAAACGACCUUUCGUUCUGUCCCGCUCAUUCUUUGCGGGGUCUCAAAAGUUCGGUGCAACAUGGACAGGCGACAAUAGUGCUUCGUGGGAGCACAUGGAGGUUGGUCUCAAAAUGGUGCUUGCGAAUGGUUUGGGAGGGAUGUCGUUUGCUGGAGCUGACGUUGGCGGCUUCUUUGAUGAUCCCGAACCCGAAAUGCUCGUUCGUUGGUACCAACUAGGUGCAUUCUUCCCUUUCUUCAGGGCACACGCGCACAAGGAGACAAAACGGAGAGAACCGUACUUGCUUAAUGAGCCGUAUAAGAGCAUUGUUCGUGAUGCAUUGCAUUUGAGGUAUAAAUUGCUCCCGGUGUGGUAUACGGCUUUCCGAGAGACGAGCGUGACAGGUUCUCCAGUGCUACGUCCGCAGUUCUUCGCUUGCCCCUGCGAUGAGAAGGGUGCUUCUUUGGAUGAUCAGUUCUACGUUGGAUCCUCGGGUCUGCUUGUGAAACCUGUCACGUCGAAAGGCGCAGAAGAGACCACAGUCUAUUUAUCUAACAAGCAGCCGUACUAUGAUUAUUUCACGAACCAUAUCCAUCGGGGUGGUCAAAAGAAUAUCACAGUCAAGGCCGAACUCGACCAAAUUCCGAUCUUCAUCCAGGGUGGAUCCAUCAUCCCGACCAGGGAACGUCCGCGACGUGCCUCUCCAUUAAUGAAGAACGAUCCCUUCACGCUGCGCGUUGCCCUUGAUACGUCAUGCAACGCACGUGGAGAACUGUAUCUUGAUGACGGGGAAAGUUACUCGCACGAACGUGGAGAACUCGUUUGGCGCGAGUUUAGCGCUGAGGCUGGGGCGAAAGGGAACGGUCUAGUCCUACGGAGCACGGAUCUCGCUUUUAGGUUCCCUGAAAAAGCUGUCAGAAGCGUUUCUCUCAACGCAUACAAUCCUGUCAACAACUUCGCGAAGAGCAUAAGAAACGUUGAGAUCGAGGACAUCUUCGUUCUAGGAUUACUUACGAAGCCGGCAAGUGUGAAGACUGGCAGUGGCGAAGGGAGGGAGUUGGAAUGGGAAUUUGUUGAGGGCUUGCUUGCGAAGGGAGGGAAAGAGGGUAAGGAAGCGAGUGUGUUGAGAAUUACAAAGCCUGGUGCGGGUGUUGCCUGUGAUUGGGAAAUUUGCAUUCAAUAAAGGAUGGGUCUCAUGUAAAAGGUGUAAGUAGCAUAAUAGGGCCGCAGAAAGGGUUGACAGACAUGAUGCAGUAAUUAAUUG